AUGGCUUCGGUUCUAGAGCCACCUGAGGAGGACUCUGAAACUGCUGUCAUACAGCACAAAGCCUACCGAGUUGCUUUCCUGGUCAGCGACAAUUGCUCCCUGAACAAAAGGUUAGCUCAGGAUCAAUCGUGGCCAGCCCUGACUUUGAGUCAGCCUGCGUCAAAAUUCAGUCUGACAAACAGAACCUUAUGA